AUGGUCAAGACUACUUAUGCUCUUACGCUUUUCGCCGCUGUCAGCUUGGCAGCCCCGGUUCAGCAGCUUGACGGCCGUGCCAUACAGAAAGACUCAGCCGAGCAUGAGAACCUCAUUGAGGAGCUUCCCCUCGUUGGGUCUCUUCUCGGAUCGAAUCACGGUAAACGCGCUACUGAAAGGCCUGAGCACCACAACGUCAUCGACGAAAUCCCGAUCCUUAAUAAACUGAUCGGCAGUGGCCAACAGAGGGAGCGUCGAGAUAUUGUCAGCGAGGGUAUCAGUGGCUUGCCACUUGUGGGAGGUCUGUUUGGAAAGCACGAGGUGGUCAAUGGCAAAAACGGCAAGCGCGACUUGGCUAGCAGCCUCAAUGGCAUCCCUAUCGUUGGAGAACUGCUCGGAAUGAACCAGGACAAGCCCUCCCACCAACAGACUGAGACUCCUGCUAAGCGCAUUGAUACCCGCCAGAAUGCGGGCGAUGUGAAGGGAGUGUUUAGGCUUCUGCACUCACUGACUAGUGGUGGUCCCGUGACCCAGAGCCACAAGCGUGAUGAGGUCCAUCCUAAUGAAGCUGCUUCCCCCAAGGCCAAUGGGGCUCAGCAGAGCAACCAGCCGGGCUCCGACGCCCAGAAAGGCAAGGAGGACAAGAACUCCGGUGGUCUCCUCGCUGGAUUGAUGGGCCCCAAGGGCCUCGGUGGCAUUAAAGGCAACUCCGAGCACGGUCUCGGCCUGUUCCCUAUGCGUCGUGACACCAAUCAGCUUGAGACCCGUCAAUCAGCUCCCAUCCAGGGUUCCACGCUGACUGAUGUUGUCCUCCAGGGUGGUGUCUUCGGAAAAGUGACCAAAUUGCUCACUCCUGGCGCCCCUGAGCACAAGCCUGGUCAGAACUCUCCUACUAAUAUGGGGGAUGGUUCCACUGCUGGCCCCCCUGAUCCUGCAUCUGGUGCUGGUCCCCACUCAGGCCCUGGUCUUGCUGCUGAGCAAAGCCAGAGGGGUGCUUCCCAGUAA